CUGUGAUUGGUGGGUGUGAAUUUCGUGUUGUUAAGGCAGUUUGACCCGGUGACUCAAUUUCAGUUUAGCAGAAUAUACUAGUUUCGAUUUCUUUAACUAAUUUCUCACUGUGAACCAAAAGAAGAUCUAAAUCUUCUGAACAUAAUUCAAUAAUUUACCCAAAACCUCUUUCUACCAGUAUGUAUGAAUGUCUGAGACCAAACUGAGAAACACGCAAGAAAAAACCGUGGGAAAUGAGCACAGAAUUUACCCGCCUCCUGCCGGCCCCAGUUCCUGUUACACCACACUGGAAAGAUGUUGUAAAGAAGCACUUCUCAAAAUGUUGCACCACAUCUUCAUUGAAACAGAAAUUUCCUAUAAGUCAAUGGCUUCCUAAAUACAGGUUUAGUUAUUUAAGAUCAGACAUAAUUGCUGGAUUAACUGUAACAUUAACAGUUAUUCCCCAAGGACUUGCUUAUGCCAAAAUUGCUAGAUUACCUCCACAGUAUGGCCUUUAUGCAGCAUUUAUGGGUUGUUUUGUGUACUGCAUCCUGGGGACUGCCAAAGAUAUCACACUUGGACCCACUGCCAUCAUGUCCUUAAUGACUGCAGCAUUUGGGAAUUCCCCUGUCAACAAUGAUCCAACAUAUGCUAUCUUAUUAGCAUUUUUCUGUGGAAUAAUCCAAUUGUUAAUGGGAUUUUUUAAUCUUGGAAUUCUAGUAAAUUUCAUAUCCUACCCUGUGAUUAACUCUUUUACAAGUGCUGCUGCUAUUACAAUCAGUAUUGGACAAGUCAAGAAUAUCUUAGGCUUAAAGAAAAUUCCACGAGACUUUUUAAAAUGUGUUUACUACACUUUUGCAAAACUGGGAGAAACAAAUGUCUGGGAUCUUCUCUUAGGUGUUUCCUGCUUGGUUUUGGUACAUUUCAUCAAAAAGCUUCGUUCCAUAAAUUGGAUGGACACUGAUGAAACAAUACAUUGGUCUCAGAAAAUUGCCCGGAAUUUUUUGUGGUUGUUUGGAACUGCUGCAAAUGCAGUCAUAGUAAUAUCAGCUUCAGCAAUAUCUUAUGCAGUAAUAAGUCAAAAUCCAGACAAAAAUAUAUUUACUCUCACCAAUGACAUUCAAGAAGGACUGCCACCUUUCAGAAUCCCAGAUUUUUCAAUCCAUACCAAGAAUGUCACUCGAUCCACAUCAGAAAUUCUCUCUGAUAUUGGACCAGGGUUCAUUAUUAUACCAAUUCUUGGAAUUCUUGAAACUAUUGCAAUUGGAAAAGCAUUUGCUCGUAAAAAUCAUUAUAAACUUGAUCCAACUCAAGAAUUCAUUGCCUUAGGUGCAGCAAAUGUUAUCAGCUCCUUUUGUUCUUCCUACCCAGUCGCAGGCAGCUUUUCAAGAACUGCCAUAAAUUCUCAGAGUGGUGUGAAAACUCCCUUCGGUAACAUUAUUACAGGUUCUGCUGUGCUGUUGGCUCUGAAAACUUUUACUCCUGUCGUCAAAUACAUCCCUGCAGCUGCCCUUGCUGCUAUCAUUAUCCAUGCAGUGGUUGGAAUGAUUGACACUUCAAUUGUUAUGAAAUUAUGGAGGCUAAAAAUGUUCUUCACUAAAUCAAACCAUUGGAUUCUAAUAACAAGAAACACAAAUUCCAGACCAAGAAAAAACAAGAUUGAUCUUGUAAUAUAUGUAAUAACAUUUGUAAUGUCGCUGUGUAUAGGAAUAGAGUAUGGAAUACUAAUUGGAAUAGCAGUGUCUUUAAUAACUUUACUAUACCCACUAUCUCGGCCAAAUAUCCAGAUACACCAAGCAGCAACACCUGUUCUUUAUCUUGAGCUAGGUUUACAGUUUCCAGCAAUUGAUUACUUUGAAGAUAAGUUCAUCGAUUUGCUAAAUACAGGGGACGAGCCCAAAGCUAUUAUUGUAGAUUGCCAAUAUAUUUAUAAAUUGGACUAUACAGCAAUUCAGUGUUUGUUCAAACUAGUGUCAGAACUUAAUCAAAGAAAUAUUUCACUAAUACUCUCUGGCCUCAGGCCAUCUGUUCGCAAUGAAAUUGUCAACGCUGAUAUCACUCCACUUCUGUUUUCCUCUUCCGUUGAAUCUGCUCAGGAACUGAUCAUGAAAAGUUGAUGCCCUUCAAAGUGACAUUAUCUACAGAAAGGAAAAUCUUUUCUUUGAAAUGGUUAUCUUAACUGGAAUAUGCUCCCUGAAAAAGAUCACCAAUAAGUCACAAGAAUUAUGUUGCCAACCAAAAGCCUGUUACCUUUAUUAACCCAGGAAAACUUUCCGCGAUUCGAUAAAUUCUUGGGUUUGGUAAAUCAGCACCCAAAUUUGGAAUAAUACAUAUUGAGUAAAGAAAUGUUAUAUCUUAUGAAAUUAUUUGUAAAUUAAUAUUAAUCUAUUAAUAAUUUGUUAAUAAUAUUUUUAUUAAAUUAUACAUAAUACAUUAAGUAAAAUAAUGUGAUUAAGAGAGAAAAGAAAUUAGAUACCCAGCCAACUGUCAUAAUUGAUAAAACUUUUACAAAUCUACAAAAGUUAACAACAGCCAUAAUGAUCAACAUGUGUGAUAAUUGUAACAGUAUUAAUGAUAAGAGCUUUAUGUACCUUUUUAGUAACCAAUCUUCUUCAACAACCUCCUUGCUAUCUAUAAAUUGAGACAAACCUUAUUAAUAUUAAUUCUCCUUAGAUCACCCAUAAUAAAGUAUGCAUAAUUAGAUUGAAAUCUCAAUUAAAAUUUGAUGACAAUAUGAAUGAUGACAUGAGAUUUCACUUGGUUAACAUCAACAUAAUAUAUGCAAAUAAUAUAUGCAACAUAAUAUAUGCAAAUAUAUAAAAGUGACAGAGAAAUAUUUUGUUAAACGUCCUCCAAAAUGUUAAUUAUGUUAUAAAAUUAAUUCAAACUCAUUGGCAGUCUAUUCAUUAGAUAUAUAAUUAGAAAAGAGUUGAAUUCUAAAUCUUUGAAUAGUGUGCCAAUGAUAAAAACAAUAUCACUUAGCUAGGACACAUAAAUUUGGAUAAGUUUCUGUAUCAUAUGAGACAGUUAAUUUCCUUGAUCAACCUGCUUAAACAGUGUUUACUGAAGCUUUAUGACAUCAAAAACAAAAACUAACCAAAAAUUUGAUUGCCAAUAAGUUAUAGUUGCAAAUACUUUGAAUUUAAUUAUUUUUUUUUAUUGAAUGUUAACUGCUAUGAAUGGAAGAUUUGGUGCCAAGGGUGUCUUCUGCUCUUGAUCAGGGUUUAACUAGAUUGUAUUAUAUCAAAGAAGAAUUAUAAAAUGUUUCAUGAUUUCUAUUUUU